AUGUCCUGCCCACCGCAAAAACUGCGGCCUGAGGACUCCGACAGUGACUACGGAUCCGACUUUACGCCCGACGAAGAGGUCUUUCUAAAUCAGUUGCUCAUCAGAGCUGUUUCGGAGCACGCGCCCGCCGAAUCUGGCGCCACACCAACUUCACCAUCCACUACGCCCAGGCACACACCCGGCCCCACGAUUGCGACAAUUGCGAACGAUUAUAUCGAACCAGCUGAUCUGAGAUACCUGAAAUCCCCGGUAAUUGCGACGCUGGUCACGGAUAUUGAAGAUGGCAUUGCAAAGUUCCCGGUUGCCCGGGCUAAGGUGCUGGGCAGGAAGAAGCCUCAGUCACUUUGGACGCCGAGUAAGCGGCCUUGGGAGGAUACAGGUACAGGGGAUAGGAUGGAGGCUAGAUCAAGUCCGGGCGCAGACAACGGGGCCAAUACGCUUGUGGAGCACUCUGAUUCAACCGAAGGCAGACAACGAGAGCGAGAACGUGUGUCUGCGCGCGAACAAGAAUGGAUACAGAAUGAGCAGCUAGCGCCGACACUCGAUCCUCGGUCUCCCGUAGAGCGGUUUCGAAGACCUCCUAACAAGGCUUUCUCGGUUACCGAUUUGGUUUCGCCGGCAUGGUGUGAGCUGCAGUACUGGUACACCUUGACGAAACAUGGGAGGAAGAAGAGGACCGCCGCUAUGAAGAAGGGGAGUGUGGUUCAUAAGACGCUCGAAGAUGAGGUUUAUACUACUGUCCCUGUGGACAUCACUACCAAAGAGGAUGCAUGGGCUCUUCGCAUAUGGAAUGUGAUACAGGGAUUGCGCAUGCUGCGCCAGUAUGGUAUCACGCGUGAGCUUGAGAUCUGGGGUCUUGUCGAUGGGGAGCUGGUUAACGGUGUUAUUGAUCAGCUGUCCUACGAAUGCCCAGAUUCUGAGCUUGAAGCUACGGCUGCUAGCUUCUAUGAAGAUGUGGAGGCGUCAAAAGCUGCCUUACCUGAGCAUCACAUGUCCUUGUCAGAUUUUUUAUUGUCUUCCUCCCAGGGUGGACGAAGACUCGAGGAUCUAGGCCAGGCAGAACAUAUAGAUACCGAACAAGCGCCUCCCAGUCAAGCAGUCUCGCCAGCUGUUUAUGCUCUUCCUCGGAUAUAUAUGACGGACGUCAAGACGAGAGCGAGUCGCUCUAUUCCCACAGUCAAGAGCACAUCCUUCCGACCUACUUCUCUCCAACUGCAGCUUUACUAUCACAUGCUUAAUCGCAUGCUAACAAGUGAUGAUGUGACGAUGGAGUACCUUGCGGCGCGGUAUAGCCUGGACCCCGAACGUCCGUUUACGGAAGCCUUUGUCUCUGAAGUUGGAGGCUUGGACGAUCAAUUCUUCGAUAAACCCUCUUCUCAAGAGUUUGACCUUGACGAUCCUCCCACGCCGGAAGAUGUACGAAGAAUCCCCCUUAGCUCUGGCUCAAGGAAGUCAUCCAGCCCGGCACCGGCUAGUCAGGACUCAACGAGCAUCCUUUUGACCCACGGCAAUCUCUUCAAAUUAUGGAACUACAUGAAAGAGCAGCUCCGUUUCACCUUUAUCCCAUCCAUCUCGGACAUGGAGUCUAUUGCACCAUCUAUCCCGGCUCACACCCAACCGGCUACCCUCGAGGAGUAUCCAACCCUUCUAUCCCCCGUGCUCACGGCACGAUUCUUAUCCUCGGCUCCUACGGAUGAUCUCGAGCGCAAACAUCUGGGAAGCCGGUCCUUCCUUUUCGAUCCUCAUAAUAUGUCAUCUUAUAUCACAAGCCAGAUGGAGUGGUGGCGAGGACAGCGCGAUCCCAUUGGAGUGAACAUCUCGGAUGCCUGGAAAUGUCGGAUUUGUGAUUUCCGCGACGAGUGCACUUGGCGCCAGGAACAGGAAUGGGCUCUAGCCAGACGAAACCAAGGCCGAAGAACCGGUUACUCGGCGGGAAUGUAG